AUGCCACCACGACGAUACUUGCGCAAUGGCGCUGCCCUGCUUCCAUGGCUGCUGGUGCUGCUUUUGAUGGCUUUCAUGGUUACUGCCACUGCAGCCGAGCUGACGGAGGCGGACUUUAAGCGCAUGAAGAUACGGGAGCUCCGCGAUUUCUUGGAGGACCGAGGUCUCACCUGCCCUGACUGCCAGGAGAAGGCCGACUUUGCACGCUACGCCUACCAAAACCGCGACAAGAAACCCACCAGCGAACAGGGGAAGCGUGAGGUGCCCAAUGCGCCUUUCUGGGAAGUCUGGAGGGAUAUUGCUAAGGAAGUAUGCGAGGAGGCGGUUAAAAAGCGCGGUCUUGAUGUGUCAGCGGAGCCACAGUCCGAAGUCUGUUCCGCACUUGCCUACGUUACAGAGAGCUUUUUCUUACAGCAUGGUAAACGGACUGCAGGCAAGCUACGUAAGAAGCCGGAAGCCCUUCUUAAGACAUCCUUUAAGGCUGUAUACUACGACGCCGGAAGAGUGUUACUGGGGCGGCUGGCAGAUCACUGUUUGGCUUCAGCGGGUAACCAAAACACAUGCAGCUCAAUGAGUAAAUUGAUGGCUCUUACAGAAGAAUCGAAAAUUGCGGAUUUGGCGAAAUGGAUGACGAAUGUCGGCAUUGAGAAUACAAAUCCAAUGUAUGAGUUUAUAGACCAGCGUGACGACCUUUGA